AUGGAACACGAUACUGCCGAAGACAAAUUUGACGAAAACGAACACGAGAAGUCUACAGAGAACCAUACUGAACGAACUAUCACAAUUGUAGCGUUUUUCGCUUUCGGUUUUAUUUUAUACACCGUAUAUUCUCUUCUAAUCGCUGCAGCUGAAGACAUCUUGAAAGGCAGUGACAUACCUACUUCGGCGGUGAUAUCGUGUAUUAUCGGACCAUACGUGUUGAUAACUUUCGUAUGUCCUUAUUUUGUACAAAAGAUCCCGUAUCUACCUCGAAUAAUCGUGGUCUUUGUCCUCUAUGAAGUCGGUUUGUUCAGUCUGGUUUAUGUGAGGCGCGUGGGAGCUAAACUCCUUGCCGUGUGCUUGGUAUCACUGGCUUUCGGUGUGGGAGAGAUGUCGAGUAUUACCAUGACUUCAUUCUACCAUCAAGUGGUAGUAGGUGUAUUUUCAGCCGGAACUGGUGUUGGGUUCAUAGCAGCACCUCUCUAUUACACAGGUAGGUUUUAUAGCAAGCAAAUAAACCGCUUGAAUUAAUUUCUCCUUGGUUAAUUGGCCACACUUCGCGAGAAAAACGGGUUGGCUUUGAGUACAAGGAUCUUGCAGUAAUUUGGUUCUUAAAUGAAAUUCAUGUGCCUCAGAAAGUCGCUCUCUUCAUCAUUUACUCCGUGGCUUUUUGUGCUGGACAAAAACGGGAAGCUCUGGUGACAUAUUCCAAUAUUAAACGUACUUGUUCUAGAAUCUCUUAUAAAUCGUAGCCGAAUCUAAAAUUUGACAAUAUAUAUUUUCUCAUAUCCAAUCAUACCGGAUUUGUGCGUUGUUUCAAAUCAGUAGAGGCCGGCUGUUUCGAUUUCGAAAUCUACCCUUUUUUCUUCUGAUUUCAAUGACUGUUUCACUCAAGGUCCUUCAGGUGUUCUUCAAAUAAACAAACUCUCUCUUCCAUUUGAACCGUUUCUUUAAUUUUGAUUUUUUAUUAGCAAUGUUUUGCAUCAUUUGGAGUCACAUCACAGUGCUCAUUGCGGCGUGAAAUUUAACUUUAAGAUUAAUAAGAAAACAAACACCGAUUUGGUGGUCGAAAGCGAAGGCCCACAACAUAGAAAAAUAAAAUCAAGAUUGAUUAAGAAGUAAAACCGAGUUCAUUUCAGUCUAAAACGUACUUGUAUAAUUUGUUGCACCUGAGAUACUGAGUUCAUUUUUUCUUAAGGCUUAAAUCUGGUCGGAUUGGAAUGCGUCAUCAUAGUCAUAUAACCGGAAAAAAUUCCCGCGACAAUAUUAUUUGGAAUAAAUAAUUGAAGUAGUCGUUGAGGAGAAGGUGCUGUUGUGGAGUGGUGAGAGGGGGUUUAACUUUUUUGUCAAAGUUCAACUGUAUGUUAUACCUCGAGGAUUAUAUAAUGUGUGGCAGGCAAUCCACAAAAAGUUAAUAAACAAGUUUGGUUAGUUUUCUUGAAAUAGUAGGUAUCCAUGGCAACAUCCCAGCCACCUUAAAGCUGAUACUACAAAAACAUCACUCUUAUUUCUCCUUCAGAUUUCUAAUAGAUAUUUUUUAAAAAUAUACUGUGCCAAUGCUGACAUUUUAGGCACAAAAUGAAAUGAGAUAAAAUAUGCAAUAUAAAAUCAUUUUAAUUAUAGUUUGAACUUCCGAAAGCACUUCAAACUUUUAGUCCCAAAAUGACUGAAUAACUUUUACUGCUUUUAAUCCUAAUCGUUAUAUUUGGCUUUUUUUUGGGCCUUUUUUUGCAUGAAGUAAGUCAAAAUCCUAUGCGGGUUUGGUCACCGCCAUGUUAUCUUCACUAUAGUGUCUUUUGUGUAGUCACCCGCGAUCAGGUUUUGGCGUGGUUUCGGUCAAGUCCUCAUAGUGACCCGCUUCGCCGUUCUUGUCUUUUUUCUCUCGCCACAGAAAAAGCCUCUGCUACCCAGGGUAGGUGCUCUCCCUGGAAAGAAAAAAAGAAGAAAAAGAAAAAGUCUGCUCGCAAGCUAAAUCUUGUGGAGGAAAAAACCGGGUAUGCACUAAGCCGAACUUCUUACACAUGGUUAUACAUAAAUUCUAUGUUCCUUUUCUUUUCACCAGCGAUGACUACGUGGUUCUGCGUUUCGUCGGAGACAACAACAAUGACCGUAGCUGGCCUUGUUGUGGUGUACUUGAUAUUUUAUUUCUUAAUGGAGAGAAAACAUAGCGAUUCUUCAUCGCAAUACUCAGAGACAGCUGAAUUCAAAAGCAUACAAUACCAGGAACUCGACCAGGGCAGCAACACUGACUCUCGUCACCCGCCACUGAUAACAAGAGAAGCAAAGCUGCAAGCAAUCAAGCAAAUUCUUCCUCCAAUCAUCUGCGUCGUGAUUUCAUGGCUUUCGGAGUUCUUGGUCAUGCAGGCUGUAAUCACGACGUACGCAUUUCCCAACUCACCCUUCCCCCCAAGGGAUCAUUACCAGUACUAUAUAACGUUAUUUUUGACGGGAGAAUUUAUCGGUAGAUCCUACCUUGGCGUGGUGGCGUUGAUCAAAGAAGAACUUAUUUCUAGAUUGAUAGUCAGAAGACUUUGGUUAUUAACCAUCAUUGAGGUCUGUAUACUUGUUUUCUGCUUAUUUGCGGCGUGGUACCGUUUCCUCCCCGAUGUAACAGUACUACUGGUUAUUUCCUUCUUCGCUGGACUCAUAAUCGGAAUAAUGUAUGCUUAUGUGCUUCAAGUGUUCACAGAAUCUUACGAGUUUCCUUUAAGAGAGUUUGUUUUGGGUUUUGUAGCUGUUGCUACCGGUAUGGGCAUACUCAUUGCUGGCCUUCUUGGACUCGUAGUUGAGCCUGUAUUCAGGAAACAUUGCCUGACAAUAACGGAUUUAGAGACGUACUGUUUCACAAGGACAGAUCCAAAUGCAGCUCUAACGUGACCUCUUUAUGCCGAUAGGGGAGGGGUCCGUUAGGCUUUUGGUGGUAAGAUGCCAGCCAGAUCUCCAAACAAGGACUCUACAGUAGAAAAAUACAGUUAACCCUUCAUGAAGCGGACACCCUCGGGGUAUGAGCAUGUGGUUGACCGCUCAGCAGAGGUUCGCCAUAAAUCUUUGGCAUCACUUUAUUUUUGAUUUUUCGUCCGGAUGGCCAAAAGGUGACCGAUUUAAAAAGGUUUCAUUUACAAUUUUUUUCUUGAAUUAUUUCGAGACUAAAUUAAUAGAAUAGAUGAGAGGGAGGCCGCUUAAUGGAGGCUGAGCUGUAGUACGUUUCACUCUGAUACCCCGUUCUGGAAAUUAGCCAAUUUCAUCUCGUUCAUCAGUUCUCUCACUCUUAAGCUUUCGUUGUUUUAAAUAUAUCAUGUUCUAGGAAACACGUGGAAAAUGGAUACCCCUGGGAGAGGCCUUAUGGAGGAUGGAUAACUGACGUGUGUUAACGGGAGAA